UUGUUUCCGGCAUGGCGGCUGCGUACAGGCUCGUUCUCGUUCGGCACGGCGAGAGCUCCUGGAACCUCGAGAACCGGUUCAGCGGCUGGUACGACGCGGACCUCAGCCCGGCGGGCCAAGAAGAGGCGCAGCGCGGCGGAGAGGCGCUAAGAGAUGCUGGCUAUGAGUUUGACAUCUGCUUCACAUCUGUGCAGAAGAGGGCGAUUCGUACCCUCUGGACUGUACUGGAUGCUAUUGAUCAAAUGUGGCUGCCUGUCAUAAGGACCUGGCGUCUCAAUGAGAGGCACUAUGGUGGCCUGACAGGCCUUAACAAAGCUGAGACUGCUGCUAAACAUGGAGAGGCCCAGGUGAAGAUCUGGAGGCGUUCUUUUGACGUCCCCCCACCUCCAAUGGAGCCCGACCAUCCUUUCUAUAGCACUAUCAGUAAGGAUCGUCGCUAUGCUGACCUCACCGAAGAUCAGCUGCCUACGUGUGAGAGCCUGAAAGAUACUAUUGCCCGUGCUCUUCCCUUCUGGAAUGAGGAAAUUGUUCCCCAGAUCAAGGAGGGCAAGCGUGUGCUCAUUGCUGCCCAUGGCAACAGUCUCCGUGGCAUUGUCAAACAUCUAGAAGGAAUGUCUGAGGCAGAGAUCAUGGAACUCAAUCUGCCUACCGGAAUCCCCAUAGUCUAUGAGCUGGACAAAAACCUGAAGCCCAUCAAGCCCAUGCAGUUCCUGGGUGAUGAGGAGACUGUCCGCAAGGCCAUGGAAGCAGUGGCAUCCCAGGGCAAGGCUAAGAAGUGAGGAUGGGGCUGGCAAUCAGUAGAUGAUCCCCCUCCUUAAUCCCUUUCCUUCCCAGCACACACACCUGCCACAGCCUGAGGGAUGGGGUUCAAAGAGCCAAAGGAGAUAAAAGCUUCUUGGGACCAUAUCCUUUCCUUUAGGACCAAUUUCCUUCCACAUUCAUUCCUCCCCGGUAGGUUGUGGAGAGAUAACCAUAGGGAUGUGGUCCAGCAAGGGCUCUGAAAUAAGGUUCCGAAAAUGAAGGUGGUAGGGACCUCUGGCAUUUGCAAAACAGUUUCCCACCUUCAUUCCAUUUCAUGCAGCAGCUGUCAUUAAAAAUCCCUUGGUUUUAAGUGUUGUUUGACUUGAUUUGGCGGUUCACAACUGUGAU